GAUGAAUUUGGUGAACUAUUUGGUGUGAAAAGAUAAACUAUUUGUUUGAGUUGUAAUAAAUUGAACUAUUUAUUGUUGAUUUAUUUUUUGUGUGUUUGAUCUUCUUGGUUCUAUUUUGAGUGCGAAAUGUCGUUUGUGCUGGGCGCGCACUGUGUAAAUUUAGCGUGCCUGCUGGAGCUAUAGCAUCACGCCAUAUUUUGCCGCGCCUGCUAGAGCAAGCGCCCUGCUGCAAGCAAAAAAUCUAUUUCGGCACUGUAAAAAUAAUUUAGCGCGUCGCGUAGUUGCGCGCCUGUUGGAGAUGCUCUUACGAGACUCUUUUGCGUGCUAUACACAAUGUACAAGGAUUAAUUUCAGAUUGCAGAAGGUAAGUGUUCACAUAUGGGAAGCAGUUACUAAUGGUAAGUUGGCAACACGCGGAGACAAGCUUUUACAGCCAAGCUGUAACUGGCUCAGCCAUUCUAAGACGAUUUCAGAGGCAAACUCCAGAUUGUUUCCGUUUCAAUGCAAUUGCUGCUAUAUGCACAAUCUGUCAAACAGGAUUGGCAACCCUUUAAAGCGCCCACGUAAAAUAAAAAUUUCCAUGUCAGGAACAGCAUUCAAAGAUUUACAGGGCCAUACAUCCUGGAAAAGUAACUAGCAUGGUACAUAAGUUAUAGCGCAUCUCAGGCUCACAUCACCUAUUCCUCUUGUUGUUUGUUGGAUACAACGACCAUGAAGGAAGAAGAAACCAAGAAGAAGAAGAAGAUGAUGUCUGCAAAGAAGAGAUCCAUGUCUGGAAAAGGGAAGAGGCGAAGCGCCAGGUUGCUCAAGCUCGAGGAGCAGAAGAAUGAUGACAAGGAUGGUGGCUGCAUCCUAGAUCCCUGGCACAUCAUCCGGAAUAGCUUCUCCUGCGCCGCGCAAGGGAAGAGAAAAAGGAAUGACCAAGUCCAGGUAAAAAUUUCCAUCAAAGCUAUGAAUUUGUUUUCUCUCUCCCGAUUGAUCUGUUCAUUCAUCUACAUCUUUCUUCACAAGUUACAGGGAGAAGCUUCGUGUGGCCAAGAGAUCGAUGCGGCAUAUACCGGUAAGUGAUCACCGCCUUGUUUUCUGAUGGCAUGCUGAUGCUGCCUGUGUGUGCAUGCGUGAAUCCAGUUAAUUUUGUUGCAGAUAACAUGUCAGGCAAGGGCGCGACAUCGGAGCAGAUCAUCGACUACAUUCUCAACAUGCUGGAGCUGUAAGCUUGGGACUAUGUGUAUAUCUUUUCUUUUCCUGUUUUGCUACAGCACAAGCGAUGUUGCGUUGAUGAGAGAGUGGCCGUAGAUGGGGGAGGAAAGGGCGGCGGCAAGAGAGCUAGAAGAUGAGGAUGUGAUAAGGAAAGUUAGGGUUAGGUGAAGAAAACGAAUUAUAACCAUUGAAUGGAAAGCAUGCGGCUAAAGGAGGUUACUAGGAUUUUAAGAAAAAAAUGCAAUUGUGCUACGGCAAGACCCCUUUCGGUUUGAAUAGAGCUCAUGUGACUGGAAUUCUCUUAAAUUUAAAUCACCUUGCUUCUUCCUCCUCCCCUCUAGUGGCAUGAGGUGGAGCUCACAACUGGCGCUAAGGAGAUGGCCGUAAAGAGAGGCCUGGGGCUGGGGGCAUUGGCGCGGGAGAAGAGCUGCCACCACCUGGACAUAGAGAGAUGUUUGUGUGCGUGUGCGGAGAGGAGGGGGGGAGGGGUCAUGUAGAGAGCAAGGUGAGGAGGGGAAGGGGGCUGCGUGACUAGCUAUGGGGUGGGUGGGGUCAAAGAGCGGGUUGAGGAGCAAAUGAUGCGGAGUGAUCGGAUAUUGGGAGAAGAGGGCGACGGUGGCAACCAGAGAGCUGAAUGACGAGGAGGACAGUAAAUAUAGAAAGUUAAGGGUUUAGGGGGAUAAGGCGAAACAUAGGAAGGUCUUUUUUGUUGGAUGGAAGUCAUGUGAAGAGCAAAAAAGAGAAAUUGUGGAAAUCAUGUGGCUUGGCUAAAGAAAGUUUUUUGAAACUAGCUUGGCUAAAGAAAGUGACCAGGCAACUGUACUCAAGCAUCUCUUUCUUGUUGGUCGGGCUGUGGCGUUGUGUAUCGGGAGCACAAGCGCGAACCUGGAAGGUCUUUUUUACAUGCGUUUUGUUUGUCCCGUUGCAGGAGAGACAGACUUGAGUUGUUUGCGAUGCCGGAUGACAUCCAGGUAAACCAUGCUCGCAUGAACAAGGCACGUCUGAAAUUUCCCCUCGCGAUUUAUAGAUGGAAACGUUGACACAUUUCUUGUUUCAUCUUGACAUGGCGGUGCAGGUGGGUGAUUGCACGGAACGGGUAGAGAGGCCCGGCGAUUUCGCGACGUUAAGGCAGAAGAACACAGAUGGCACCUACAAGACGCUAGAGCAAUUCGAGAAGGAUGUGUACAUGGUGUUCCAGAAGGCAAUGUCCAUAAACAGCCAGGACACCAUACCUUACAAAGAGGCCGUGGCGUUGCUGGAUCAAGCCAAGCAGGUUUUCCUGUCCCUCAAGAAGAACCGGAUGUACUCCGAGUCGGACCUCCUGGCCUGGCGUCACAAGCAACUCGACGCCGGGCCCAGCAAGGCAGCGAGAGAUCAACAAGGCGGCGAUGCUGCUGUUACACCUGCACAGCAGCGGCCCAGCAUCACGCCGCUGAGGAAGAAGGCCGGCGAGAAGAAACACCAGAUCGGCAAGGGAGGAAUCAGAAGCACGCCAUCGCCGGUAAAGAGAGCAAGAAAAGGUAAUGAGUCGAUGAGACGACAUCGAUCCAAUGCACAUCCAAAGAGAACAUUGCUGAAUGCUGACGUGAUGGCGCUGGCCACAGGGUUCGCAGCAGCGACAACGGAACCUGGUGGCGCCAGGGAGCUCAAAAGGAGGCUCACUUACAACGAUGUCGCUGGUCGGGCAACGCCGGUGACGCUGCCGCCGCCUGCCUUCCGAGAUGGGCAAGCUACCGUCGUUUAUGUAUGUAAAAUAUACUCUACUACUCCUAUAGUAGGAGUAACAAUCAUGGAUGCGUGGGAACUGAAGCAAGUUUUGGUGCAGCAACAUGCGCAGGUGCAGGGAGGGCACACGUACCAGGAAAGCCUCCGGCGCUUCGUGCGGGACGCAGGGCUCAAGGCAAGGCUGGCCACCGAGUUUAACAUCCUCGAAUGUGACACUCGGGGCAGGCACAACCCCUCGCCGGCCUCCUACUGGAACGGUUUCGCCCCCGACGCCGGCACCUACUACCCCUCAAGUGCCGCUGCCGCCGCCUCCACCGCGCUCCGCACAAUGUCACCGGCGUCCGGUGGCGAGCGGCCUUUUCCGGAUUGCAAGCUGGAGACGGACGACCUGCUCAGCCUCGUCAUGCUCAUGGGCACGCCCGCCUUCUUGGAGAGAGCUAAGCACAUGUUUGGUUACACGGCCGCUGAGGACAGCUCCAAGGUGACCAGAGCGGCCGGCGACGCAAAGGUCGCCAUCACAGAAGCGCCACAGACGAGUGAGCCAGGCGAUCCGGCGGCAGCCACUUUCGGACCGUUCGCUCCGCCCAAGUUGCCCCUUAGCCGGCUGGGCUUCAGCCAGUUCGCCGGCUCUUCGGCCCAGCCGUUCAUGGUGAAGUCGAAUUCUGCCGGGGAGAAGAGACGAGAAUGAAGGACGAACCCAACUCCAGCAAGUUCACUCCGUCCAUUUUGUGUCGUGUCCUUGACUCCCAUUAUAUCGCUCAGCGUCAGCGGGGAAAUGAUAGUAUUAUUUUAGAAUAAUAAUUGCAACUAGCAUCUCUUUUCUAUCUAAACUUAGUCAGACACCUGAGGUUGCUCAUCAUCAAAUGUAUGCAAGUUCCAAAACCAUCACAGACUUCAGAUAUACACAAGACUUUCUGCCACAGGCCAACAUAUAUUUUUGUUUUGCCAAGAAAUAACAUACCGGUAGUAAUUAACAUGCCACAACAGUUGUUUUCUGAUUGCUACCCAAGCAUAUUAGCAGACUGGACUCCUUUCUCUUAUGUUUUUCUUAAAGGAAACACUGGCAUAUUACCUUCUUAACACGUAUGUAGCUCGUUGCCA